UGUAGCUCCGGCUCCGGUACUCCGGCGCACAGCUCUAGAAUUAACCAGGCCGUACUGUAGUAUAUUAUCACACCGCGCAAGCUGGUCUUGCCAUUUAUAUGGGCUAAAUGUAUACCUGUCCUUGCCGAGAUACUGCCUCAUAUUAAUUUUAUAUAUUUUUGACAUUACAUUCACAUGAACCAGGCUGGUCGAAUUGACUGGCCCGCAGCUACUGCUUGAGCAAAUUGAUAUCUUGCAUGCACUGGGAGUCUCACACUAAAGGUCAUAAGUUGGUCAACCAGCUCUAAAAAAUCAUGUUAUAAAACACAAUUCGGCCGAAGGAAGUAAGAAAUUAAUUAAUAUAAGUCUUCUGAAGCUGUUUCCAUUAACAAAUAACUACAUUUCACACAAAUUUGUUACCAACUCUUGCCAGGUUAGCCUGACUCCUGUGAGGCAAAUGACAAACUAGCCCUGAAAAGAAAUCCAGCAUGUUCUCUGGACUAGCAUGGCCCAUAUUGACAGCCAUUUUUUUUUGAAGAGAGCUUAUUUUCGGAAGGGAGGCUUUUGUGAGGUUACUGGGGGCUUAAUACGGGAUUGCAUUAUCAUAUAAUAUAUGUAAAAUAUUCAUUUGUGUACAGGUAUGCUGAUAAUGCACAAAUUCAUGGGCUAAAAUCUUCCAAUUAUAGUUUCAGGAUCUAUUGGUUUAUAUGACAUAGGCUAUGCAUAACAAACGAUUGAAGCCAAAUUCAUGUUGUCUGAUUGGGAUAGAGUGUUUACUGUAUAUGGUGAAUUUCUUAGCUUCCAUAGCCAGGAUUCUGGCAAUGGAAACCUCGCGCUUAAUUGACUUAUUCAUUUACAUUUCACAGUUUCGGUGAGAUCGACUGGAAUUUUCGAAAACAUUAUGGCGUACUUCAUUACGAUACUGGCUGUUAUCACAACCUUGGGAAUAUCGACCUCUGAGGCAGUUAAUGCCGUGAAAGUGGCUGCAUUUAAUGUUCAGGUCUUUGGACAGACAAAGAUUUCAAAAAAUAAUGUUCGUGAUAUUCUUGUCAAGGUUUGUAUGCCAAAUUCUACACAUUCAUUCUGAUAAGAUUAAAGGUUUUUCACCUUUAGUCUUAUCGUACCGCAACCUCGAUCCCAGGGUCUCUCCUUCUGUCAUCUGGGAGAGACCCUGGCUGCGGCUGGUCACGUGCCUCCCAGAUUCUGGGAGGUAAAUUUAAUUGUAACUGUGAGAGGGGUGGGAAAGGAGCGUGUUUGUAGCGUUUUAAAAUUGCAACUUUCGGUGAUGAAAUUCACUGUAAAUUUGCAACAAGAAAUCGUAAAGAGAACUCUUAAAUUAAUAUUUAUAUCGUGAUGUUCUACUCUAUAAUCUGGUGUCGAGUUACAAUUCAAGCAAGUUGGAUCGUAUUUCAUUAUAGACUUGCCAAAGAAAGCACGCUUGCGGCGGCUUGCCGCUUGUGCAGCGUGGCAAUAUUAAACCUACAAGAAAAUAUAUAUCUUUAGACCGAACAGUGUGAUUGUUAUUAUUUAGUAUUAAAGUCUAUCCUGAUACUCGGACCAAAAGAAUUUAUUUAUUGAUGAGAUGUGGAAUUGCAACGAAAUAGCGAGAUCUUUUGAUUUCCGAAAUAUCGCCAACUGUAUCCAGAUUGUUGAUCUAUAUAUUAAAGGCCUUAACAAAAAAACUUAAAGCCCGUCAAAAGACUAUAAAAUUGGCCCUUGGCAUUGCUGAAACCAACGAUCAUGGUAUAUGUCAAAGUAUAGCUGUCUGUUGAAAAUCUACUGUAUUAAAAUCAUACACCAAAGAUAAGUCAAACGACAAAUUUAUAUAUGUCACUAUAUUAUAAAUGUCUUUCAAUGAGCACUGUUUAGUAUAGUGUUCACCACCUUUAUAAAUUUUGUAAACAGCUUUCGUUUUGACAUUUGCUUUAUAUGCAUUCUUAAUAAUACAAGUGAGAUUUAAAUUUUUGCUUUGUGAAAUAGAAUACCGUUAUUUUUUAAUGGACAGCUUGCAUCGUCUAUAUCAUAUCCAGGAUUGCAGAUUGCUUGUGUGUAAACGCAUUAUUCACUAUACGACACUAUCAAAUAAUUAUAAGUAGCAAAUGAUUAAUGAAUUAGAGAUAAACAGGUGAUUCACAAUGAAAACUUUAAAAAUGUUAGUAGAAGUAGAAAACUCGAAAAUUUAUGUUCGUAUAUGACGCCAAUGACGGUCUGUGCGCAUCUGACACUGUAAAUUUGUGAUAUAUAUAUUAUAGUAUGUUAACACAAUAUAAUGAUUAAUAGAGACCAAGAAAAAGGCUAAAGCUAGUCUUACUAUAAUUACCGAAUACGAAUUAUGUACUAAAUCCAGAUAAAUCAAUAACUGAAAUUUCUUCUAUGCUUAUGCCUUGGAGUUAUGGACAUUUCUCUGUCCGGCUAUUAUCAAAUGUUUACAUUUGCUAAUAUUGGGCCAGUCCUAGACAAUACUGUUUCUUUUAAAAAUCUUUUAAACAAGACGCGUAGUAACAAGUGAAUCAGUGCAAAGCGUAUCAACGUUUACAAGAAAGGACGAAUGUAAUGGCGUAUUUAAAAAACAUUACAAUAAACGUUUUUUAUAACCGCGCUCGAGUGUGAAGAGAGCAUGCAUUGAAUAUUUAAACAACACGAGACUCGAGCACUACGAGUAACGAUUUGCUUGGUUUCUUGACUUGACUGUAAGUAAGAAUUUAAGAAUGUUCUUGUAAAUUCAAAGCAAAGAAAAUAAACAAAAAUUAGCAAGUAUUUUGAACGUAAUAAUUCGCAAAAUUUAUGUUUUUAACGAAUAUCCCACUGGAAGCAUGUUGACAGAUGUUGAUGUAAUUUGAUACUUUCCCCACACACCCUCGGGCGCUAAAUUUUUGAUGAGGCACGUGACCAGCCGCAGCCAGGGUCUUUCCCAAAGAAAGAUCCUGGGUACGAGGUUGAUCGUACCGCUGCAUUUUCUUUUGUGUCAUAAUCGCCACUCUAGUGCUCACUCUAGUGCUGCAGAGUGAAGUAUUGAGUUAGCAAUGAUGAAUAUAACUAAGUGUUAUCAGUUAGUGUAGUAGUGUACUAUCCUAAAACAAGCUCGGACUAUAAGGCCGAAUAAAGCAGCUAUAAUGGCAUAAAAAAUCCGAAUAAAGCACUUUGUGCCCUCAAGAUAUAACAAAGCCAGGUACUCGGUAUAUGUAUACUGAGUUUCUAAUCUUGUUUAUGACUGAAAUAUGAAAUCUAAGCACAAGAUCAUUUAUUUGGAGCAGUGCCGGAUUAACCAUAUGGCAGAAGCGGCAUAUGCCACGGGCCCCGCGCUUUUGGGGGCCCCGCGCUUACUCUCAUAUAUUUUUUCUGAAUUCUUUUCUUCCCUGUUUCAGCGCGGGGCCCAAACAGUGCGCCAGUGCGGGGCCCCAAAGAGCCCAAUUCCCCCAGAAAACUGGAGGCCCCAAAAACUGCCCCAAACGUUUCUUUUUUUUGUUCCCUGUUUUAGUGUUUCAGCGCGGGGCCCCAAAGAGCCCAAGGUCCUCAGAAAACGUUAUCGCCCCCAAGAUUUAAAAAUCGAGGCCCCAAAUUAAGUGCGGGACCCCGAACGAUUUUUUGUUCCCUGUUUUAGCGCGGGAUCCAAACAACAGGGGGCCCAAAGAGUCCAAGUCCCCACAAGUGAAAUCCCAAACUAAAAACACCUCGAGGCCCCAAAGUUUAAAAAGCGAGGCUCCAAAAGCAGGCCCGCAAACAAAAUUUUUUGUUCCUUCUAUGAGCAAGGGGCUCCAAAAAGCGAUCGCGAGGCCAGAAAAUAAUAGGGUUCAGAAAAUUUCAAAAUUUGCAGCAAGCUGUUAAAUAAAUGUUGAAUUUCGUGGAAGACGGCAGAAGUUUAUAUGGACGCUAUGUAUCAUGUUUAGCUAUUUUUCCCGUGUAAAUAAUAAUAAUGUUAAUGGUAUAAAUUGGAUUGAAUUUCAGUUCGAUCAAAUUAUUGAUGUAGAAGGGGCUUCGGUGGCGAAGUGGUUAGCGUACUUGCCUUUCAGCUCUAAGGUCGCAGGUUCGAAUCUCAAUGAGGACUGGAACCCAGUCCUAAUGUGAAAAGAGUAAGUCAACGCUCUGCCGAAAGUCGUGGGUUUUCUCCGGGUACUCCGUGUUUCUUCCCACAGGGAAAGUUGACAGGGUGGGUUAGGCACAUAAGGUCUGGAGGCAGAUCAUUAAUGAGGUAUGGACUAAUAGCGGCAGCUCAAGCGCCAUUUGUAAGCUCAAAGUCUACCUCGGUCUGCUUCACGUCAGUCCGGUUGAUCUACCUAAUCAUAAUGUAAAACUUCUGCAAUUCAGUGUAUGCUGCCAUGGAAGUUCAAAUAUACUAUCUAUCUAUCUAAAUACACAGGAAACUUUUCAACGCAUGAAAUACAAAUUUUUAAUCUUACUGAAUUCAGGGUCUAAACUGCCGUUGGGCGGUUGGGGGGGGGGGGAUCAAGGGGCCCCGCUCCAAUAAUAUGCCACGGGCCCCGCGGAACGUUAAUCCGGCCCUGAUUUGGAGUAUGUCAUGAUGCAUAUUUCUCAAAGUUGCAGUCUGGUAAUAAAGUACUUUCUAGCCAGUAAAAAGGUUCGUGACAACAAAAAUAUAAACAGUAAUAUUGUAUUCCGUUUACUCGGUGUUAAUAUUGAAUAUUGUUACGCAAAUCAUGGAUAUUGUGCUGUGCAGCUGCAACACUAACAGACAGGAGCUCUGGAAACAGCGGGUGUACGGAUGUCCGCAUAAAUUGAUAGGAAACAUGUCUGAUAAUGCACAGGUCCUACUAAAGAAAUAUCACUUUGAUCCUGCAAGCUUGGGCAUAGAGGGCGAGCUGAAGCAUUUUCAUCCUAAAUUUUCAUCAGUUCACUAUCUUUGUGAAGUCAGGAAUGAAUUGUGUGGAAUGGCAACACUUAGUUGUCCGUGGGCUUCAUGGGAAUGCAGAGGCCCUCUGAAAGUUGCCCAUGGUGUGCCAACAAACCUAGCUUCAGUGACUUGAACGCAAUUCGGCUGCGUCGCAUAAAGUCACGUGAUUGAAGCACCAUAGCUCCAAGUUUAAAUCAGUGAACACCAUGUCUUUUAUCUGGAACAAUAACAUGCGGGAGAAACGUGAAGCCAAUGCCAACGCUACUUGACGCGCGCUGAUUCGUGAUAUACCGCGCGGUGAUGGCAUAUAAAGGGACUGAAACUGACGUACUACAUGGCGUGGAAAUGGCGUGGGGAAUCAUUAUAUGACAGUUCCUCAGCCUAGCCAUAUGACGAAAAAUGAGAAAACUUUGUCAUUUAUACUGCAGUGUGUGCUGUUGUGCUUGUCAGAUGCUCACAAACUAAUCUAAAGUGAUUAGUUCUUGUCAAUUUUAUGCACUUGGCUUCAUUAAGCAAACGCUGACACGUUACACUACACGUUAACGUGUGUAACGUGUCGUAUCUCUAUUUUACUACAGAUUAUUAUGUGACGUGUGGUGUAACGUGUGUGUAACGUGUCUAUAAUCAGUAAGAUUGAUAUUUUGCGCAUGUGCGACCAGAUUUGCUUGAGCUCAUCUCACAUAAUCCCAAAAUCAUAGGAGAUGGAAGUUUGCAAUAAAUUUAUAUACAAAUUUACGAUACUGAGCCUGAGCAAUGGUCGUAUAAUCCGCGUUGGCCGUGUUAUAUCGCAAGUUGUGAUCAACGCUAGACCAAACAUUGUUGCAUUACCUGUAUGAUAAAUAUGUUGUUCUGAGUUAUUCGUUUUGUAAUUUGCAUGGUCAUGCAUGAAAUAUAGGUAGUAAAUCAUAUGCAGAUAGUCAUUUUGACAGAUUGUGCUCGCAACCCACUGUUACUCCUGCCCAAUGAGAUUUGUCUUUAGUCUUUACUAUUACUACGUAGGACAAUUUGUAAAGAUAUAGAAAAUAUAGCUAUACUCGAGCUGCAUGCCUGGCAAAAUUGUACAUUUCGCGAAGCAUACUUCGUUCAGCAUGCAGUACAAAUUAAUUUUCAGGCUUGUCUAAUUGCACUCUUGGAGGCAUGGCUCAAAUUGUUUGUGUAGCAGGCUUGCAGUCUGUACUGCAAAAGCUCGCAUAUAAUUAAGCUAUGCGUAUAUGAACUAAUCUAGUGACAUUAAAAAUACUAUAUUUCCCAACAGUAUAUAUAGUAUUGUGACUUGCGGCAUUGUGAAAUGUAUGCGUUAAACUUUUGUAUAUCUUAAACGAAACCGCAGGAAAAUUUCGUUACUAGUUAAUGUAGCUUAUUCGCCGCUUUUCCUUUAAGAUUGACUGCCUUUAGCCUGAAAGGAGUGAACGAGUUACGACAUAAUCGACAUUGAGUUGCAUAUUAGAAGUGAGUUCGCUUGUAUAUCUAUUCGAUCAUUCUUUUAUUCUUUAGUUGACGGUUCUGCAUGUUCAUAUAUUCAUGCAAUUUCUACAAAAUUUGUUUCAUGCAACGUGUAAUGCGAAUGAAAUUUUGUCCCGGCACAACAAUGUUUGAACAUUAUAAUGUACGUCGAAUUGUGACAUGUCUUUUUAAAUCUUGUAGUCAUUACUUCAAUGCCGAAUGAUCUGGGUACUUAAGCCGGUUUUCCACUAGGCGGAAUUUUGCGCGCGGAGCGGAAUUUUUCUUUGUCUUGUCAUUCCUCAGGUGGAACUAAUUAGAAAAGACAAAGAAAAAUUCCGCUCCGCGCGCAAAAUUCCGCCUAGUGGAAAACCGGCUUUAAGAUCAGUUCAUAACAACAUAAUCUACAUUUAGGUCACUAUUAUGCACCUUGUUAGCACAUAUCCUUUGUGUAACCAAUCAAAUUUGAGAUUUUUGGCGGCUAUGCAAAUUUUAUAACUGAAUAUAAGCUCGUUUACGUCCUUAGAUGCGAGUCAACUAUUUACCCCGUUAUUCCAUUCUGACCGUAUGGUAGCGAAAUGUUGCCUAUUUCAUUGUUCCGACAGCAUUAGAGCAAAACUAAUGACUUAAUUAUAAACGCAAAGGAAAUUUCCAUAACAUUUUCUAUUUACAAUAUGUAUGCUUGGUAACCUGGCCAGGGACCACUUUUUUGAAAUCAGGGAUCAUUUUACCGAAAUCUGCUAGGCUCUCUCGCUGAAGCGUUCCGCACAGCACGCCCAGGCAUGAAACCUUUAAGACUUAGGGCCUGUUCAUAUGGGCAGAAGUUAUCCCGGUUAGCGAGAAAACUUUUCGACAGGUUUACGAGCGAGAUCUCGCCUUACGAAAAUAAUAUAAAAAGUUACAUUGCGUUCAUAUGAGACGAAAAGUUUUCCCGUGUACCGAGAUCUCGCUUGUUGACAGGCGAGAUCUCGGUGACCGGGAUAAUGUUUUCCCCAUAUGAACACAACUUUCCCGCUUAGCGGGAUAACUUUUUGUCGUGUAAGUGGAAUAAUAUUUCUCCAUAUGAACAGAACAAAAGUAUUUGGCUAGUCGAAAAGUUCUCUCGUUAACCGGGAUAACUUUUGCCCAUAUGAACAAGCCCUUAUUUAAAUAUAUCAAAGUAGCCAAUAGAGAGAGAGCCUGGGACUAGGCUGGAGGCCACCCAUGUGAUAUCGUAUCCAUCGACCCAUGUGAUAUAGUAUCCACGUACCCAUCCCCCCUAAAGGGCAAUGUUGCUCGUGAUCGAGUUGAAGUUGUGUAGCACAAUGCAAUAACUGUCAACAUUGUUUUGAAGGGGGGGAGGACGAGCUCCUGAUGGUAUGAAUUUGCUGAUUUUAUAGAUAAAUAUGCAAGUCUCAAUAUAUUUUGUGAAGGAUUGUAGGUGCUGUGAUUGUAAGCUGCGAACAUAAACUCAUUUUCACUCCACACUCUAAAACAAUUUCCCCACCUGUUCCGUUAGGUUAGAUUGGGGAAUAGAGAUAUAGCGCGUGGCAGCGAGGGGAGUUCUAUUUGUUAACUAAUAUCAAUAUAGUAAUGAUAUUAUAUUGGCUUAAUGUUUACAUAGAUUAGGGAAUGAAUAGAUGGCUCACUCCUUUGAUGUUUUUGACGCUGCCGGCACCCACGCAUGUUCUUGCCAGAGUAAUGGCGGCCUAGCAAGUAACUAUAAUAAAAUGUAUUGUGAAAUUGACAUCGGUGCUACUAAAUCCUGUAUUUUUCCGCUUUCGGGGGGUUUAAUGAAAAAAUAUUUCAGAAUUAUAAAAAUACAGGAUUUAGUAGCACCGAUGUCAAUUUCACAAUACAUUUUAUUACAGUUACUUGCUAGGCCGCCAUUACUCUGGCAAGAACAUGCAUGCGUGGGUGCCGGCAGCGUCAAAAACAUCAAAGGAGUGAGCCAUCUAUUCAUUCCCUAAUCUAUGAUGUUUAGCUAUCGUAAUUAUAUCCCUCAACUUCAUGCAGAUGAUAAAUCGUUAUAAUAAAUUCAUUCAAUAUUAUUAGACAUGAUUAUUUGUUGACGUUGCAGAUAAUCAAUCGUUAUGACAUCAUAUUGAUCCAAGAGAUUCGAGAUUCUGGAGAAGAUGCAAUAAAGAUACUUUUGGAAAAUGUAAACAAGUAAGUCAAGAACAAAAUAUGUUGUUGAUAAAACUCUGUGAAUUCUUACGAGAAAUACACCUAUUUCAACCUCAGUUGCGGAAACAAUUUUAUCGGACAUAUUCGACACCGUCGAAGUCGGCACAAAAUUUGUUUCCUGGUUUUUCUCCCGAAAUUUGGUGUUCAGACCAUCGCAUUAGGAAAUAUUUAAUAUUACUAAUUUGGAGCAUUAUCACAAGUUUAGUGGUGACAAUCUGCAGCUGGUGUUUACCACCCAAGCAUACAAUAUGUCAAUGCUGUUGCGAUGUUCUUGCCAAAUUUUUUUGUUCAGUCAUUUUUAUUAUUUAUUAACUAUGUGUAUUCUCGGUGAAGCUAUCAAAAUUACACAAAACAUGAAAAUUAAAAUAAAACAAAACAGUGCAUCUUCUAAACAGAACAUCUUUUGAACAGAACAUCUUUUCGAAAUCUAUUUUUCAAUAUAUAGGAUUGUACCCCUAUGGAAUCCGACGAUAUAAAAUCCUCUCUUAUACUGUUCAGUCGCUUAAAACUAAACUCAAUUUCUCAUUAUACUGAGAAACUUAAUGCAUGUUUUGAUGUCGAUAGACCAAGGAAUUGGAAAACAUUUUGUUCUAAGUGUCGUUCUUGCAUUUUAAAUUGUUGUUUCUAAAAGUACAUUUUAGCGAAUUUUAUGUACGGAUGUAAUGAUGUGUAAUCUGCGAAUUGGUUAGUUUGAUAGUGUUGUAAUGUUGCAUGUCAGGCAGGACUUAAUUUAGGACUUUAUUUGUCCUGUUGCCUGAGCCUUCAAUGAAUGUUAUAUUAUUGACAUAUUGUAAUAUUAAUAAUAAAAAAUUCACAAGCAUUGACGAAAUCUGGAUAAGAUAUGAACGCAAUUUUUUAUUCUGCAGUUUCGCCAAGAGCAGCGGUUCAAGCGAGUAUGAGAUGAUUGUCAGCGAGAGACUGGGUCGAUCAGUGAGCAAGGAACAAUAUGCAUUUAUCUACAGGUAAAUAAAAUACCUUGAUCAUCUCAUUAUUUAAAAAAAGCGAACGUAUUAACGCAAAAAUUUGUGGCAUUACCCAGGGAUUAAAUUUAAUAUAUGCAUGUUACAUAACUUAAUUCCUGGCGGAGGUAUGUAGUCUUGCAUUUAGUUGCAUCAAAUUAAUAUUAAUUUUUACUUGGACCGCGUUAAUUGGCAUUGCUGUUAAUUGUGUAACAGCAACGAUAAUUAAAGUUUUUUAAUCUUAAUUCGAUGGCAAAGUUGGCAAAUUCUUUAUUGAUUUAGGAAAAGUAUUACAACGAUGAAGGCGAAUUACACAUACGUCGAUAAAAAUGACGAUUUUGAAAGAGAACCUUUUGUUGUUCAUCUCCAUGUUCCCUCAGCAGGUGAGAAUACAAUCGCUUUCCUUUGAAAGGAUUCCGUGAAAAGGAUUAUGUUUUAUAUCAUCCCAAACUGCAUGCGUUCAGCAUAUUAUUGACAUCGGCAUAUGUUCCGAGAAACCCUUUUCCAAAAAGAAAAUUAGAUACAAAAUGCAGAAGCUUUCUGCCCUAUCUGAAACCACCGCGUUCACAAUAGGAAGUUUACGAUCUACGACGCGGCCGUCUCGACGACGCGGUCUAAAUUUCAGCUCAAGAAUGAGCGGUAAGCAAUUUGAUACUGUAAUAAAUAUUUGACGCUUUUUCAAAUAACCUUACAAACUGCUACGGUCGGUUGAAGCGAUGCAAUGUUUGCUGUAAUUUCGACUUUAAGUAACACUCUUGAGUCGCAUUAAGGGAGUUUACGAAUGUAAGACGGCGACGUCAGGACGACGGCUAAACAAACUGUUUGAAAUAAAUGAUUGUAUGAAAAUAUUGUCUUGUAUUUACUUUUGUAUCAAUUUAAAAUAGUUUUGAAAGAGUAAAACAGAGCUUUAACCCUCCGAGCAAUGUUGAUAAACGCUGCUAGAAAAACUACCUGUCACGGCGUGCAAUGCUAGCGUACUAUGCAAGUCGUGAAAAUAUACAUUUUUCCGUUGUCACGAGAGCUUGGACGACGUCUAAAAUUCCUGUUAGACUUUUAAUUAUUAAUUUCUUUUGUAGGAUUCAUGUCAUUGUAUUGAUAGCCGUCGUCCUGACGUCGCCGUCUCACAUUCGUAAACUCCCUAUUAGAGACCUUACGAUUUUAGGACGGCAACGCGACGGCGACGGCCAAAACAAACUCCUUCAAAUAAAUGGUAGUAAAUAUAGUUCGUCGUAUAUCAGAGACCUUACGAUUUUAGAACGGCAACCGCGACGGCGACGGCCAAAACAAACUCCUUCAAAUAAAUGGUAGUCGAUAGUUCGUCGUAUAUUAUCAAUCGUAUGAAUUUAAUACAGUCUUAGAAGUUGAAGACAUGGGUUUUAUGGUUGGGAAGAGUUCUGCUAAACCCCGUUUGAAGUUGCACUUGUUGUGGCUUGGAUAGCCUGCGUGCAGGCCCAAGGGAACUGAUAGUGGGCCUGCAACCAUCACCCCAUGUUUUCGAUUUUCGCCGGCCGAACCGCCGGCUAAAUUCCCAUUGGCUAGCUGAGGCGAUCGGUAAUUAAUUAACCUAGCAUGCAGGCCCAAGGGAACAGUGAUUCAUCACAAAGGCAUAGACAAAGGCUCUCGAUAAGCUUAAAAUUUGAAAAUUGAUUACUUUUCGAUUACAAAUGAACAAGAACAGACUGUUUAUUGUUUACUUGAAGGAAGAUAUGUUUUUGCCGUUAUGCCAAUGGGGAUUGCUUGUCGUGAGGUGUUGGAAUAGCAAAUUACGACUGGGGUAAAGUAUAGUAAGCUUUACUUGAGUUUUAUUAAUUUCAAACAGACUUCAGUUGAUACGUUAUGUGUUCUCACUUCCUCAAGAAAAUUAUCUUUUGGUUGAUGUUGAGAUGCAGUUGCAUGUAAGGACUGUAAGCCUAUUCGAAACACUUUGCGAUUAACAAGGCUUCGCUGAGAGAGCGAAACAGAAGGCGGUAUUAAAUUGCCGUUUGAAACGAAACGAUCUGGACUCGGAACGCUCUCUUCUUUUGUAGAGUUCUUUACCAAAUGAAAUAAAUGAAAUAAAUUUCGUACUUUCCGCCGCCAACAAGAAUUGCACACACGAUCUGAUAAGUGAGACAAUUUAUUUAUAACAAUGCCAAUGGCGACAGCGAAGCACACAUAAUAUAAAUCCUAAUGUGGUCGCACGACUUCCCUCAUGAUUUGAAGUUUGAGACUGGUUUUCUGUUGAAAUUCGUCCUAAUUUGCCUGUUCCGAUUUUAGUUGAAAAUGAGCACUUGCAAAUUUGGCAAUUACUGACUGCGUUGCUUGUUUUUUUGGAGUUAAAACGCAGCCAUUUACACAUUGUUUAUUAGUGUUCUGAAUAAGCAGAGAAAACCCCCCCGCAAAUUUUAAUGCGAGUUUGUUUGUUAAUAUUUGGGUGCUGUCUUUGGUUCUUUUUUGACAAUUGACGCGCGAAUGGGGCGUGUUAUGAAAAGGGGCGUAUUUCAAAAUACCGGGCGAUGGUUGCAGGCCCACUAUCAGUUCCCUUGGGCCUGCACGCAGGCUAUGGCUUGGAAUGCAGCCGUUGUAUCAACACGUGAAAAUCUGUGAUUUGGCGUUGUAAACAGAGCGAGGUCAAUGUCUAAAUUAUUCAUUUAUUGUAAUUACUCAAUUCUUCUCAAUGAUCUAUUGUAUUGGUAGCCGUUGCCGUCGCGGUUGCCGUCCUAAAAUCGUAAGGUCUCUAUUAUCCCCGAGUCGACGGCGCGAAGCGAGGGUACUAAUUCCCCCCGGCUAUUUACACCCGGGGAAACGAAAGCAUUAGCGAAGUCUAAAGUUCAUCAAAUAUCGUGGGCGUGGGUCACCAACCGUGGGUGGUCAUCCUCACUGAUCUCAAAAAUAUGGCGGACUGUCAUGAAUAGCAAACACUGUGAUUGGUCCAAUUUAAAGUUUGCAUUAUAACGACUGCAUGACGACAGCGAAAUAGCAAACAUUUCUUUAUUUGAUGAUUGAUAAAUUUCUUGCAAAUAUAUUUCAUUUUUGCUCGCAUUUUUGCAAGAUUUUGUAAAUUUCAAGAAAGAAAUGGCGAAAGAAUCGGCUAAAAGAAGGGAGCCGACGUUAACGAAGGUAAGUUUGUUUUAAAUAUUGAUUUUAUAAUUGCUUUAAAGCCCGACGGCCUUUGCGUAUAUGAAACAACUAAACAAGACAGCAUAUCAUUUCAGUGUAUCUUUAAUAUUGAUUCCCUUUUUUAUUAUAUUGAAUUUUUUUAAAUAAAAAAGAAAGCAAAGUUAUUUGCAUGCUAGAAUUUGAAAUCAUUUUAUUGCAAACUCAAAGUUUAUCGAUAAAGCCAUUUAAUUAAAGAAUAAAGGCAGUUUAGUUUUAUAAAGAACACUUUAAAACGUUUUGCGUAGCGUUUGUGGUUGGAUUUUACCUUAAAUUGAAGCUUAUAUAUUACGUAUAAUAUCAUACCUAACAUAUAUAUGUUGGGAAAUUGAUAAUUUUGUAAUUAAAAGUGAUAUUAUUAAGCGAUUUUUCAUUUGUAAGAAUAUUCUUAAAAAAAUUUCGUGUUACCAUGACAACUACUUUAGAUACUUCAUGUUCGGGAAAUCAGGCAAUGGUUUUGUCAGCAAGGCGAGGGUUUCUGCAUGCAUGUAUUUUCUAGUCAAUCGUAUGAAUUUAAUACAGUCUUAGAAGUUGAAGACAUGGGUGUUAUGGUUGGUAAGAGUUCUGCUAAACCCAGUUUGAAGUUGUACAUGUUGCGGCUUGGAAUGCAGCCGUUGUAUCAAGACGUGAAAAUCUGUGAUUUGGCUUUGUAAACAGAGCGAGGACAAUGUCUAAAUUAUUCAUAUAUUGUAAUUACUCAAUUCUUUUCAAUAGUCUAUUGUAUUGGUACCCGUUGCCGUCGCGUUGCCGUCCUAUAAUCGUAAGGUCUCUAUUAAGGAGUGCGUCGACGGCGUGCACUGGGCCAGGUUUAGGCGCGUAACUGUUUACCACGCACGUGACACAGAAAUGUAUAGUAAACCAAAGUGCCCGAGGAAAUAAUAAUAAUUACAUUUAUCCAGGAUACCUACUGAGCUAUACAAAUAUUAGUUGUCAAUAUUUAAGGCCCCGUUUACACUAUACGGGAUUGCAUCGGAGCGUAGCGAUUUUCAUACCGGAUUCGGCUGCUGUUUACACUACGCCACAGUAAUCCGGUACGCGACGCGGAGCAAAAAUCACUCCGCUUUGGAGGUGAUAUGAAAAGUAAUCCGGUACGUGCCGGAGCAGUGUAAACAACUUCGGUACAAAAUCGGUUUUGGCGUGUAUGUUUUAACAUUGUCGCCUUUAUUUGCUCGCUUUUACAAUAGUUUAUAGCUGUUGUUUGUUUCGCCUUGCAACCAUUUACUACUUCUGCCGAAUACAAAUAAAGAAAACGAUAAUAACAUUGACUUUUCGCUUUUGAAAGAGCAAAAUUUAAAGAAAUACUCGUCAAUUUUGGAUUAGAGCGAAACGAAGCAACGUCUUGUGGUCAAGCUUUUUAAACAGAGUUAUACUUUACAAAGAAAACGGGUGUUACUUCUUGUUUUUAAUAAAUUUUGGUAUAUUGCACUUGUUUCCAUGGCGACAGUGAAAGACAUGAGCUGGCAACAGAGCGAAGCGGCAUAGUGUAAACACCCUUGUUUUUUACUUCGGAGUAAAAAUUAAUCUGGUAUGAAAAGUAAUCUGGUAUAGUGUAAACGGGGCCAAAAUCGUAUAGAAAUAUAUACAUGCACGGUACAACAAUGAUGAAACGAACAAUUAAUUCAUAAUUCAUAAAUUAUUAAUUUAUAAGUGUGAAACAUGCCUCAAAAGGUGCAAUGGAAUUUAUGACAGAAUUGGAAUCUAUAGUUGAUUAGCGAAAAUAUUUUUACAUCUAUGAAACAGUUUACAUGAGUGGCACAAUGAAGGACAAGCCCCGGCAUCAUAAUAGGACUAAUUUUCACCUCGUGCUUUGCACUUAUUUGCAGACCAGUUAAUUACAGUUGCAAGUACAAGUAGUUUUGGGGUUUUUAUUAAAAUCAUAGUUUAUAGAUUAACUAUGAUUGAACGCAUUAAAGAUAGAUUACAAGGUUUAAGCAUAGUUAAUAGAACUAUGGUUCAAGGGAAGGAUCAAAUAUUACGUUUUUGACGUCAAUAUGAAUGAAUUCAAACCCCUCUUCCACCCUGCCAAAGACGUUGGGCUUUGAUAGAUGGUAAUUCUCCAGAUAGUUUUCGUAAAUUAACAUCAAAUUCUGCGUUGUUUAUAAAGUACACUGUUAGGCCCACAGGCAUAAACGUUUCUCAUAAGAGCUGGGAGACAGCUAUGGGAAUGUUUGCUUUAUGUAUACAAAAAGAAUGUCGUUUAAGUUGAUUCAAGAAUUUGUUUUGAGGUAUUUGAGAGAUUCAGAGUUUUUCAACAUUAGUUUUGACUAUUUUUUAAAUUAAUUCAGUUUGGCAAGCAUAUAUUUCAGGAAAAAAGACCUGACGCCUACGAAUCCCCUUGUGACGAUUUCUAUCGCCGACGUGGGCGCUGCAGUUCACAAUAACCCAAGUCAAUAAAACCCAAUGUACUACAAUUAACAUAAAAGUUUUAAUCCUGUAAUUACUAAGAGUUAUCUAAUUUCCUAAAGUAUUUUUUUAACAAACCCGAGUCCAACAGAGUGUAGCUACGUCUUCUUUCUUCAGCUAGCCCACAGCGCUUAACUUUCCGCGUAGUAUCAAACAUAUAACAGCGUCGUAUCUUGUUUGUGUAGAAUUUUAACGGCUAUGUCUUAUGAACAAAAGCGUGACGAAACUUGCUGACAACCUGAACAUUCUUAAAUCGCUUCGAGGUGGUUUUCUGUCGAUCUCAAAUGAACUUGGGCGUAUAUAGUCAGCGAGCUUCAGUAUACUUCCAACAAAAGCAAGAUAUCUUUCCAAGUUGUUCUUCUCCUGAAGGUCUUCGUCGGUUUUUGAAUGUUUAGGAACUCCUUCCUUGCUUGUCCUGUUUUUUUUUUCUGCUCGCUUCAAACUCUGGGCUCCUUAUAUAAUCCAUUAAUUUACAUAUUCAUAAUAUAUAAUUAUAUACAGCUAUUCUUUUAUCACACCCCUCCAUCCCAAAAGUCAUAUUGACCUCUGUUUGACAGAGACGUGUAUUUACCUUUAGGGGCUGUUUAUAUGGGGCGAGCCAGCCCGGGUUCCCGAACUGGCCCGGUUUAGGCGAGAUGCCGCCAUUGUUAUUAUUAAAUUUCAUUUUGCGUUUAUAUGGGAACUGAGCUGGCCCUCCUAAGCUAGAUCAUGCCUCGACUGACCCGAGAUUUCGGGUGACCUUAUUCUAUUGAAUAUGUUUGAAUAUAUUAUACGAAAGCUUUUCUAUAAGCGCCCCAAAACAUUUACACCGUCACUUUAAUAUUUUUGUUCCUCUUUGAUGCAGCUGUUAGUGAGCUGGUGUUUGUCGCCAUACACACGAAACCAGAUGAUGCAGUGAGGGAAGUUGACAAACUGGUUGAUGUUUAUGAUGACGUAAUUAAAAGAUGGGAAAUAAAGAAUAUCGUUAUUAUGGGUGAUUUCAAUGCAGCUUGUAGCUAUGUUCGAGACACAGAGUGGAAAAACAUACGUCUCGCAAAUGAUAAACGAUUUUGGUGGCUUAUUGACGAUUGCCAAGAUACCACAUUGAAAGGUUCAAGAUGUGCUUAUGACAGGUAUUACCGUGCUACUACCACAGUGAAAGGUUCAAGAUGUGCUUAUGACAUGUAUAUAUUACCAUGCUAUAAUACAUACUACCACAUUGAAAGGUUCAAGAUGUGCUUAUGA